AUGGAGCUGCAGCAGCUGCUGCUGCUCUGUGUUUCUGCGGCUGCUGAGCGUCUGCCCUCCUCCUCUUCCUCCUCCUCCUCCUCCUCUGACCUGCUCGCUCAGCCUGACCCCUCUGACCUCUUCCUGCUCCCUGCAGGCCAACAUGAGGACCUGGAGGUGGUGGCUUGUUCACCUGCUAAUGAAAUGGACAUGAUGGCCCUGGAUGGUGAACAUGUUUGGCACGCCGACUUCAACCAAGGAAAAGGAGUCGUCACCAUGCCGCACUUCCUGGUUCAUCCAGAGUUCACAGGGUUUUAUGAACGAGCCGUGAAGAGAGAAAAGUUCUGCAAAGACAUCCUGAAGAUUCUCCGAUUGGGAAUGAAGGACAUUCCUGAUCCGCUGGAUCCUCCCUCCGUCUUGCUCUUCUCGGCCCACCAUGCGGUUCUGGGGGAGAAGAACGUCCUGGUGUGUCACGUCUCUGGUUUCUGUCCGGCGCCGGUCCGGGUGUCCUGGCUGAAGAACGGACAGGACGUGACGGCGAGCAGCAGCCUGAGCGUCCCGCUGCCCAGCAGGACCAGCAGCUUCACCCAGAUCUCCAGGCUGGACUCGGUUCUGCAGCUGGGAGACGUGUACAGCUGCUCAGUGGACCAUCCGGCUCUGAGGAGGCCGCUGACCAGGACCUGGGAGUUGCAGGUGGAGGCGCCGCCCGGGCCCGGCGCCGGCCCGGCGGUUCUGUGCGCGGUGGGAGUGAUGGUGGGUCUGCUGGGAGCCGCCGCCGGAGCGUUCUUCAUGGUGAAAGGGAAGCAGCUGAUUGGUCCGUCCUGAACCUCCUGACAGGAAGUCCCGGUUCUGACCCGACACGUGGAUCCGAUCAGUUCGGAUCAAUCAGAGAUCCAACGUUAAAGCUCCUGGACUCAGGCUGAUCUUAUAGAAAAUGGUUUCUAGAUGUUCUGCUUGAGGAAUCGGGUUCUGGAGCGUCUGACCCAGUUGGUUCUG